CAGCUCUUCCAGAAUUCACUCCUUGAAUCCCCUUGCAAUCAUGCAGUUCUCUGCCCUCGCCUUCGUUUCGCUGCUAGCCAGCCUUGUCGUUGCCGCCCCUGCCGCCGUUCCGAACGCUGAGGCCAACAAGCUUGAGACCAGAGCUACCUUCUCCUCCUUCGCUGGCACCAAUGCCUACUGGCUUCCAUUCCUUACCAGCGACGCCGACAUCGACACCACUUUCGCGGCUGUCCAGGCCGCUGGCUUGAAGGUCGUGCGCACUUGGGCAUUCCAAGACAGCACAUCGUGCAGUGGAAUCCACUUCCAGUGCUGGUCCUCUUCGACUCCCUCCAUCAACACUGGCACCAAUGGUCUGCAGAGAUUGGAUGCCGUUGUCAAGGCGGCCGAGAAGUACGGGAUCAAGCUCAUCCUUCCUAUGGUCAACAACUGGGGUGACUACGGUGGAAUGGACGUUUACGUCUCGAAGCUCGGCUUGGGCUCGCAUGCGGCCUUCUACACCGACAGUCGCGCCCAGGCCGCUUACAAGAACUACGUGAAUGCCGUCGUCAGCCGCUACAAGAGCUCCAGCGCCAUCUUCUCAUGGCAGCUUGCGAACGAGCCCCGCUGCUCUGGUUGUGCCACCUCCGUCAUCACCAACUGGGCCACCACCAUGUCCCAGUACAUCAAGUCCCUCGACAGCAGCCACUACGUCUCUCUCGGUGACGAGGGCUUCUUCAACCGCGGGAGCAGCCUGACAUACCCCUACCAAGGAGGCGAGGGUGUCGAUUUCGAGGCGAACCUGAAGAUCGCGACUUUGGACUUCGGAACGCUCCAUCUGUACACCACCGCCUGGGGCCAAACUUACGAUUGGGGUAACCAGUGGAUCACCGACCACGCCGCGGCUUGUAAAACUGCCGGAAAGGCCUGUGUCAUUGAGGAGUACGGUGUUCCCGAGGACGGAGCGGUCCGCGAUCAGUGGAUCAACUCGUGGCACGCUACCAUGAAGAGCUCCGGUCUCACUGCUGAUCUCUACUGGCAGUUUGGCUUGACCUUGAGCGGUGGCCGCACCAGCGACGAUACUUACACUAUCUUCACCGACGACAGCAACUACCAGAGUCUGGUUAAGAACUGGGCUGCAAGCCGUUAAAACGUCGAUCGGGAUGACAAAACCGGCAGGUUGUGUUUGAUCUGGGAUUGUGGAAGAGGCCUCUAGGUUAUUUGGAGGGAAUCAUUGGAAAAUACUGUGCAG